CUUUUAUUUUUUGUUACGUAUUUUAUUUUUAGUUAAAAAAAAUUUUCACUCGGUAAAAAAUUUUUCUAGUAAUAAUGAUUUUAAACAUCCUCAAAGGAAUGAGGAAGCUGGCCGUCUCUUCGGCCGCAGACACCACUAUUUCUUCAGUUGCUCUCGGCAACUUUUCUCCGGUCGCGCACGUUAGUGUUAGGAAUUAUUCUGUUCCUAAACGAAAAUUGGUUAAAAAACAAGUUUUUGUUUAUCGAAACUCGAUGAAAUCUCGGUACAAAGCUAAUCCAAAUCCAAGGUUGAAAAUGCUUUUAUUAGAAGAUGUGGAAGGACUCGGUAUGAAAGAAGACGUAGUUCAAGUUAAAAGAGCGCUCGGGCGAAAUAAUCUUAUCCCCAAUAAAUUAGCGAUUUACGCAACGCCUGAAAACCUUGUAAAUCAUGGAAUCGACCCCUCAAUAAUAAAAAAAAGUGGAGGCUCAAAAGUUCCGGGUAAUGUGAUAAAGUAUUUGAAGAAGAGCGCAAUCAAGUUGUAUGCCCCUUCAGAUGACGAUUUUCUCAUUACACGACAUGACGUUGCUGAAUAUUUUCUACGUCAUUCGAAUUUAUACGUUCCAGUGCAUUGUAUGCGUAUAAGAGAGACUGAAAAUGAUGUUAUUGUAAAAUUAGGAACAUAUAGUUUAGAUGUAACUGUAAACAGUUGUGUAACUGUCCAAGUUUCACUUGAAGUUAUUUGUAGAGAAAGUAUAACUGAAGAAAAGUAAUUCAUCUUUUUUAAUAUUUUGAAGAAAAUUACUUGUAAUUGAAUUGAUUAUUGAUAUAUUAGUUUUGCAUGUU